GGUUCAGUCCAUUUGCGGACAGGAACGUGUGAAGUCAGGGGAGCAGCAAGUUAGUGGAUCAGUCACAGAGCAUAGCAGGGCUGUCAUUCCCAUUACAGUCAACUUAUAUAUUGUCUCUUAAAACCUUCACUUAGACUAUAAUAAUGUCUGCCCCACAGAAAGGAGACCUGACCGACACAGAGAAGGAGCUACUUCAAGUUAUUGCUGCAGGUAAUGUGCAAGAAGCCUCCAGGCUGCUCGGAUCCAAAGAUGUCAGGGUAAACUGUCUUGAUGAGUAUGGCAUGACCCCUCUCAUGCACGCCGCAUAUAAGGGCAGGGCAGACAUGUGCAAACUGCUGCUGCAGCAUGGAGCAGACGUCAACUGCAACGAACAUGAGCAUGGAUACACCGCACUCAUGUUUGCAGGACUCUCAGGAAAGACCGACAUCACCUGGAUGAUGUUGGAUGCUGGAGCCGAGACGGAUGCAGUGAACUCCGUCGGCAGAACGGCAGCACAAAUGGCUGCUUUCGUAGGGCAGCAUGACUGUGUGACGGUCAUCAAUAACUUCUUCUCCCGGGCGAGGUUGGAUUACUACACAAAACCACAGGGGCUGGAAAAGGAACCAAAACUCCCUCCUAAACUUGCUGGACCGCUACACAAAAUUAUAAUGAGUACCAACCCCAACCCUGUAAAGAUAGUGAUGUUGGUGAAAGAAAACCCUCUGCUGAUGGAUGUGGAAGCACUUGAGAAGUGCCGCAAGGUUCUGGAGCUUAUCUGUGAGAAGUGCAUCAAACAGCAGGAUAUGAAUGAGGUGCUGGCCAUGAAGAUGCACUACCUCAGCUGUGUGCUGCAGAAAUGUGGCUCUUUCCUAAAAGAGCAACAGGACAAACUCGAUGGCCUAAUCAAGAGUCUUCUGAAAGGGCGAGACAGUGAUGGCUUCCCGGUAUUCCAGGAGAAGUUCAUUCGGGAGUGCAUUAGGAAAUUUCCAUACUGUGAUGCCACAUUACUGCAGCAGCUUGUCCGGAGUAUUGCCCCAGUGGAAAUUGGAAGUGACCCCACUGCUCUGUCAGUCCUCACGCAGGCCAUCACGGGACAGGUGGGUUUCAUGGACGCAGACUUCUGCACAACCUGUGGUGAAAAAGGAGCAAAGAAAAGAUGCUCAAUCUGUAAAAUGGUGAUCUACUGUGACCAGGCCUGUCAGAAGCUGCACUGGUUCAGCCAUAAAAAGGUGUGUAAGAUGUUACAGGAGCAGAGAGAGAAACAUGAAGCUGAGUCAGCAUCACGGCUACAGAAACAGGCCAAAGCUGAAAGUGAUCAAGCAUUGGAGGAGACAACGGGCACUAUGGAGGAGCUCUCUGUCAGUCAGAGUGAGACCACCAGCUCCUCAGAUAACCAAACGCAAGAUGUUACCUCAGAGACAGUCCCUCUUACUACAGACUGAAUCACAAAGAAUCACACCAUUUCAACCCAGCAACCAUCAUCGUCAUUGAAGACCCAUCUAAGACAAAAGAGAGCAGGUCCGUGAUGUCGCCCAGAGUUUCUGAAGGUUUCUUCAUAAUUCUUAUACAGGAUGCUCUUCUGAAAGCACAUAACGUAAGGGAAAACCACCAAAAGCUUUGCCACACAAAUGCAUAGGGGGAAGGGUCUACAAGUGACAAAAUGUAGAUUUUUUUUGUUGUUAUUGUUUGUUUUAAAUAGUCUUUUUACAUUUAUGUUGGGAAAAUAUAUGUAUUUAUGCAUGUGAAAAUUAUGUAUGUGUGAUCUAGGUUUUGCUUUAAGAAAGAUAUUGUAAUAUAUUGCUGCAAGACAUUGAUGACCUUAAAUUUCUUAGUUUGUUGUUAUGGAAAAGGAACAAAUUAAUAGAUGGCAGCAGCAGCUUAUGUGAGUCUUUAUAAAUCUGUAGAAUUUAUUUAAAUACAACCGUUAUUGAUAUUGAAAUACGGUUAUAGUUAUACGGUUUCACAAAUCAAAUAAAUAGAUUUUCUGUCCGUAA